AUGGAUUACCUUCCCGUAGAGGUCAUCGGGAACAUACUAUCUCGGCUUGGAGCUGCCAGGGAUGUCGUGGUUGCUUCUGCAACUUGCCGGAAAUGGAGAGAAGCCUGGAGACAUCACCUCCAUGCUCUAACUUUUAAUUCCAAUGAUUGGCCUGCAUACCUUGACCUGAGUACCAGUAAACUCGAGAUUAUUAUAACUCAGACAAUCUUUCAGACCAAUGGAUUGCAAUGCCUUUCAAUAAUCAUGGAUGAUGUGGAUGAGUUCUCGGCUGCCCCAGUGAUAGCUUGGCUUAUGUAUACCAGAGAAACUUUGCGCCAAUUGCAUUAUAAUGUGAGAACAACCCCAAAUAUUAAUAUUCUUGAAAAAUGCAGUCGGCAAAAGCUAGAGGUUUUGACUUUGGCUCAUAAUACUAUCACGGGGGUUGAACCUACUUACCAGAAAUUUCCAUGCUUGCGAAACCUGUCUCUGAGUUAUGUCAGUAUAUCAGCUCUCGACUUAAGUCUUCUGCUCACUGCCUGCCCUAAAAUUGAGGUUUUAACCCUUGUGAGUCUAGAUGUUGUCAUGUCAGAUCCACUGGCUACCAUGGAACUGAGCAGUAACUCAUUGAAGGAAGUAUAUGUUGAGGCUAUUAGUUUGGAUAAAUUUAUACUGGAGGCUGAUAGUAUUGAGAAAUUGCAUUUGAAAGACUGCACACUUGAGGUGUUUGAGCUUGUUGGCAAGGGGACACUAAAGCUUCUUAGGAUUGAUGAUGUUAGUGUCAUCCAUCUCGAUAUUGGAGAGAGUGCUGAAAAUCUCGAGGUUGUGGAUGUGAGCAAUUUCACUAUCAUGUGGGCAAAGUUUCAUCAUAUGAUUUCAAAGUCAUCCAUAUUGAAACGACUAAGGCUUUGGGGUGUUGUGUUUGAUGAUGAAGAUGAGGUUGUGGAUAUAGAGACAAUUUCCUCAUGCUUUCCUAUGUUGAGUCAUCUAUCACUGAGUUAUGAUCUGAAGGAGGCAGCACUUCAAUAUGGAUUUCAAGGCUUGUUCCAAUUGGAAAAUGUAGUUGUGCUGUCACUUGGGUGGACAGUAAUCAGCGACUUGUUCUCCCAUUGGGUAGAAGGAUUUAUGGAGAGGUGUCCUAGUCUCAGGAAGUUGGUUAUCUAUGGUAUUGUGUCCGAGGCCAAGACCCAUGAAGAGUGCCAUACCUUAGCCAAGUUCAGUUCGUGCAUGGUAAAGCUAGGGAGGAAAUAUCCAAAUGUGGAAAUUCAGUUUGAGUAUGAAUAG